AUGAGCUUUUCUUCUAGGGAAGACGGAGCUGCAUGUUGGACGGUUGGCAGCGUCUUCGUUGCUCAAAGAGCAGUCGAAACUAACUGGAAUGUAGGUAGAAUAACGAAGGUUCUGCUGAUGGUAUGCUGUCAAGAUGUUGAGGUAUUAGUCGCGCUCGGCGUGUUAGUCUUGUUGUUGUUUGCCGUCUAUCUGUUGUUGGCCGGCUACAAGAAUCGACCCUACCCCGACAAAGCAUAUGGCACCGACGAUGGUUUAAAGCGUAAAGUCCGGGUAUUGUACGUCGUCAAGGAUCUCAUCGACAUUGUGUAUUAUUUUGGGCCAUCGUUAAUGACCGUUCUGCGCUAUGGCUGCUGCGAAGUAAUGAUCUUAUCCAUUCAGCCAACCAAAGGCCAAGCCAUGGACAGUCAAAAGUCAGUGUUGGAUUUCUUUUGCAAGUUGACCGCUGUAAACCGGUCUUACGUAACGUUUGCCUGGAACGAGUAA